AUGAUAGUGGACUUCCUUGACGUUGGAGUUGAGCCGCCGAGCAAUCCCCACGUUCUCGGAAUCUCGUUCUCUAUUGCUUCCCGGCCGCUGACAGGAUAUAGAGCAGAUGGUGUUGGCCCUCCCGAUUUGUUCAUGAAGCCCAUCCGGUUACGAACGCAGGUUCCUCUAUACCUGCGUUCUCCGUCACGAGCGCAUCCUCACUUCCUUCGAUCCCACCCCCCAACACCUUUCUCCCUCCCUCAAUGCCGUAGAUACUCGGCAUACGCUGCGCAGGAAAGUGCCAGCAAUCCCCAUCCGUCCUUCGAGGAUGGACAACCGAUAGACCGUCCCCGGACGCGGCGUUGGAAGGACGAGGAACUCCCGUCACCACUGGUCCAGCGCUCGCUGUCCUCUCCGAAACUGUCCGCCCUCCACGCCCGACUCUCUCUCCCCUCCCGCUUCCCCAUCCAAACCCUCGCCCGCGCCCUCGUCACCCCCUCCGCCGAUCCGAACCCGCAGUUCAACAACGCCGCCCUCGAAACCCUCGGCUCCGACCUCCUCGGAUACUACACCUCCGAAUACCUCCUCUGCCACUAUCCGCGGAUACCCAUCGCGAUCCUAUUCGCCGCGCAGUCCGCGUAUGUUGGAUCGACCGCCCUCGCGACGAUCGCCAAGGAAUGGGGUGUGGAGACCGCCGCGCAUCCCGGCGGUGAGGUCGACCCGGGGCUCUUGCAGCACUUGAAGCUCGCCUCGGGCGAGGAGGUCGCGUCGCCGGAGGAAGCUUGGGGCAAUCGGAGGCGGACGCUGAGUUCGCGAGUGCUAUACGACGACCAGUUCGGCGACCUCCAUAAAGGGGUGACAACCCCUUUCUCGAACACGAACUUCAAGUUCCCCAAAGACGUGCCAAGAGAAACGAUAUCAAAUGCGGAAGACCACGCGACUGGCGCCGAGGCCGAACCUGUUGGUAUACCUGUCGAGGACGCCUACAAAUCGUUCGUCAGGGCACUCAUCGGUGCUCUGUACCUCCACUGCGGUCCCAUCGCCACCAAGCGCUUCUUCCAAGCGCACUUCCUCUCGCGAAGACUCGACGUCGCGUCCCUCUUCCAGUUCCGGCACCCACAACGGGAACUGGCGAUUCUCUGCGGCCGAGAAGGCUUCGAAGCGCCGGUGGCGAGACUCAUCUCGGAGACCGGUCGACUGAGCCGGCAUCCGGUGUACGUGGUGGGCGUGUACUCCGGGAAAGACAAGUUGGGAGAAGCGGCUGGGGCGAGUCUUAUGGAGGCACGAGUACGAGCGGCGGCGGCAGCGCUUAAGUCGUGGUAUCUUUACAGCCCGCUGGAAGUCACGCUGCCGAGUGAAACGGAACAUGCCGGAGAAGGCUUUAAAUGGUCACCGAACAUGGUGGACUAUGGUGAAGUGUUUGUCUAGAAUUACCAUGCAGUUCGUCUCGCUCCGCUCCCGCUUCAUGGAGAGUCGUGGGGGAGGUCAAGUUCGCUCCGGGUCUUGUCGAUACCCGCAUGUACGCAUACAGUGGCGCAGGCGUUUUCCCCAGAGCCCAUUGAAACCAUCAUCUGUAUAAUAUUUGACGGAAACGGCCAGGUCAAUGAUUGGAGGGAUGGCACAGAGUUGUACCAUAGCAUGCACGGAUCUUUUCAACUCUUGUCUAAUACCAUAUCCUCAUCCAAUAUCAGUCUCCUGAGCUAUCUUUCCGCCACGCAGCCAUUAAUAUUGUUGUCCCUCAAGGUAAUCCACCCUUCGGAUUGCAGGAAUUAUGUCUGCUGGUCUGUAGCAGAUGCUGCGAAAUCUGACACCUCUUCAUUCAACUCUCCGCGCGUCGUCGCAU